CCGGGAAGGCGGCUAGUUGCAGUGCUUCCCGCGAAUAGACAGCGAAAUAUCGAUUAACCGCGAGUUCAGCGCAUGCAUAGUGACUCAUUCUUACAGAAAACGAGUUUUUAAACAUACUUACGGACAUAUACACGUGGAAUAUUUAUUCAGGAUAAAAGGUGGGUUUGCAGAAGUAUGGUGGAGCCAGAGGAGCGGCCCUCGGUGGCAGGCCAGCGACUCGGGGCCCCUGAGAGCAUGGGCAUCAGCACACUGGAGCCCGGCCAGCGGCCCCCCAGCAUGCCCCCUGGCAGGCAGAUCUCAAUUCACGUCCAAAUGCUUGAUGACACUCAGGAAGUCUUUGAAGUCUCGCAACGUGCUCCUGGUAAGGCUCUGUAUGACCUUGUAUGCGCUCACCUGAAUCUCAUCGAGGGUGAUUACUUCGGCUUAGAGUUCCAAGACAACCACAAAAUGACUGUCUGGUUGGAUCUGCUGAAGCCCAUUAUAAAGCAAAUCAGACGGCCCAAGAAUACAAUCUUACGAUUUGUGGUGAAGUUUUUCCUUCCUGAUCACAGUCAGCUUUUAGAGGAGCUGACCAGGUACCUGUUUGCCUUGCAGAUAAAACAGGACCUCGCUUGUGGGCGCUUGACUUGCAAUGACAGUAGCGCUGCUCUGCUAGUGUCACAUAUAGUGCAGUCUGAGAUUGGAGAUUUUGAAGAGGUGCAGUGCAAACAACAUCUACUCAACAACAAAUACAUUCCUGAUCAGGACACACUGAUGGACAAGAUCAUGGAAUAUCAUCGCAAACAUGGGGGUCAAACACCCGCUGAAUCGGACUACCAGCUCUUGGAGAUAGCCCGACGAUUGGAAAUGUAUGGAGUGCGUCUUCACCCCGCUAAAGAUCGAGAGGGAACUAAACUCAGCCUUGCUGUGGCCCAUUCUGGUGUGCUGGUCUUUCAGGGACACACCAGAAUAAAUGCUUUUAAUUGGUCUAAAGUCCGCAAGCUGAGUUUCAAGAGGAAACGCUUUCUCAUAAAACUACGACCUGACUUAAACCAGAGUAACUGUCAGGACACUCUCGAGUUCAUGAUGGGCAGCAGGAACUGCUGUAAGGUCUUCUGGAAGAUCUGCGUGGAGUAUCAUGCCUUUUUCCGCCUCUUCGAAGAACCCAAACCCAAACCUAAACAGGUGCUCUUAACCAGGGGUUCUUCCUUCAGAUUUAGUGGCCGCACACAAAGACAGGUUAUUGAUUAUGUAAAGGACUCUGAAUUCAAAAAGGUUCCAUUUGAAAGAAAACACAGUAAAAUCCAGUCCAUCAGCGGUCUUUCUCCAUUCCCAAACAAGCAUUGUGCUGAGGGUCAAGGAGAGAGGAAUACCAUUGCUUCAGGACACCAGAUGGACUCGCCUCUUGGGCGCACCCAAGUGACUGUUGAAAACUCAUCUCACCAGCGUUAUACUGGGAGCCUAACCUCACACACCAACAGAUGCCGAAACGGGACCCAGGAUGAGGGUGAUGCUCGAACAAAGUCAUCGCCAUCCAAGCAGCAGGCCGAGCAUCUGAGCACAGGUCCAGAUACCAGCAGCCCUCAACAUGGUGAGUCUCCGCCUGUUGCCACUGUGAUGGUAAAUGGGCAGAAGCAGACUCUCAGCCUCAGCCAAAGUCCAGAUGGUCGACAACCGUCUCCACUCACAAGCCCCUUACUGACCGACACCAGCUUCGUCCGCACAGACGACGAGGAUGAGGUUCGGAGAAAGCGGUUCCCGACUGACAAAGCUUACUUCAUCGCCAAAGAGCUCUUGACUACAGAGAGGACGUAUUUGAAAGAUCUGGAGGUCAUCACUGUGUGCUUUCAGAAGUAUGUGGGGAAAGAUGAAGUCAUGCCAGAUUCAUUGAGCAAUCUCAUAUUUGCCAAUUUUGAACCAGUGUACAAAUUCCAUGAGAGUUUUCUGAAGGAUGUGGAGCAGCGAUUGGCUCAAUGGGAAGGCCGAUCAAAUGCUCACAUCAAAGGAGACUAUCAGCGUGUUGGAGACAUCAUGCUGAAGAACAUCCAGGGUUUGAAGUUGCUAACUGCACAUCUUCAGAAGCAUUCUGAGGCGUUGCUGGAGCUCGAGAAAACAUGUCGCUCUUCCAGGAAGCUUGAAGGACUCUGUCGGGACUUUGAGCUGCAGAAGGUCUGUUAUCUGCCACUCAACAUCUUUUUCCUGCGGCCGCUACAUCGGCUUCUGCACUACAAACAGAUCCUGGAGCGACUGUGCAAACAUUACUCACCGACACAUGAUGACUUCAGAGAUUCGCGAGCGGCACUUGCUGAUAUUUCUGAAAUGGUCGUGCAGCUACAAGGCACCCUCAUUAAGAUGGAGAACUUCCAGAAACUUCUUGAACUUAAGAAAGAUCUAAUUGGCAUUGACAAUCUUGCUGUUCCAGGAAGGGAGUUUAUUAGGCUCGGUUGUCUCAGUAAGCUGUCUGGAAAAGGUCUACAGCAGAGAAUGUUUUUUCUGUUUAAUGACGUGUUGAUGUACACAAGUCGAGGUAUGAUGCCAUCCAAUCAGUUCAAAGUGCACGGCCAACUUUCUCUCUAUGGAAUGACGAUUCAUGAGAGUGAAGAUGAGUGGGGCGUCCCUCAUUCAUUCACUCUGAUUGGACUGCGCCAGUCUGUUGUCGUGGCCGCCAGUUCAGCAUCUGAGAUGGAGAAAUGGUUGGAGGAUAUCAAGAUGGCGAUUGAACUGGCAGACAAGUGCAACGAUCCCUCAUCUGAAAUCCUGUCCAGUAGUUUCACUGACAGCAAAUGCCCUGAUGAGUCUAGCGCAGACCAGGAAUCAGAAGAUGAUUUGAGCGCCUCACAGACCUCGCUCGAGCGACAGGCACCUCACCGUGGAAAUACCACUGUUCAUGUGUGCUGGCAUCGCAACACCAGCGUAUCAAUGGUGGAUUUUAGCGUAGCUUUAGAGAAUCAGUUGUCUGGGAAUCUGCUAAGAAAGUUUAAAAACAGCAAUGGCUGGCAGAAGUUAUGGGUUGUCUUCACCAACUUCAGUUUGUUCUUCUACAAAACACAUCAGGAUGAAUAUCCUCUUGCCAGUCUUCCGUUGUUGGGCUACUCCAUUACUAUUCCUUCAGAGUCGGAGAACAUUCAUAAAGACUAUGUCUUCAAGCUCCAUUUCAAGUCCCAUGUGUACUAUUUCAGAUCCGAGAGCGAAUACACGUUUGAGAGGUGGAUGGAGGUGAUUCGCAGUGCGACCUGUUCUUCUAGUCACAUCCGCUCUUUUAGCCGAAAAGAUGUCUACUGACCAAAGAGAGACCUUUCAAUACCUGCCUUCACCAACAAGCACUGCCCCAAACACCCACAUAUUGGGCAUUUACACCAGGUUCUAAAUCAGGUUCUAAGGAGUAUCUUAUUGCAGCGUUUUAUUUUUUGAGCGGGAAAUGUCUUGAGUGCUAUAUCGUUUGUUCACUUUAUUGAAAUAAGCAAGUCAGAAUACUUUGGGUUUGUUUGUAAAGUAUUGUAAUUAGAAGACAAUGUCAAAGUCAGCGUUGAAACAAGAGUCCAGAAUUUACGAACUUAAGUAGAUGUAUUAUUGUAACUGUCGAAAGAUGGACGCAUAAAUGCUAAUCAGGACAAAGUGAAAAACUUCCAGUUUUCGCACUUGUUUAAAAUGUACAGAAGACAUGAUAUACAUAAAGCUAGCUUUUACGCAAUGGGCCUCGUUCAUAAAACAUGAGUAGAAUGAAAUUCUGUGUAAAUCAUUGUGUAAACAGUGCAAUUUUCGUAAAGAUGGCUUUAUGAAUGGUUAUUGAAUUGACUGUGACCAUUGAUUUUAAAAUGGUUUUACUAAUGGAGUUUGUGAAUUGAAUGUGAACAUUUAUGCAAGAACGUUUUUGUUGAAUUGUGUGCAAUAAUUUAGGUAAGAAUUGUUUCAUGAAGGGUUUUAUUGAAUUGAAAGUGACAACUUAUUUAAGAAUGAUUUUACAAAAAUUUUAAAGAUUUUAAUGUGACGAUUUACGCAAGAAUGGACGUACGAAUUGAAUUAUUGAAUUGAAUGCGACAAUUUAUGUAAGAAUGUUACUGAAUGUGUCAUUUUAUGGUAUAAAUAAUGUUUUUACAUUUUACACAUCAUUUUUUUCUGCUCGUUUCAUGAAUGAGGCCAAUUGAUUUUAAAAACUGGAUUGACUGAAUUUUGUUUUUGAAAUUUCCAGAAGAUUUUUAAAUGUAGUAACACCACAGUUUUUUUUACUCCAGGUUUAAUGUUAAAAAGAGUUGAUGCCUUCUGUCUGUAUAUGGAUGAAUCUCUUGAAAACUGUCAAGAACAUGUCCGGGUCAUAUUUCACCCUGAAAUCGGAAGAAAAACAAAAAUAGUUUCCUUUUAAGACCAUUCAUAUAUUUUACAUUGUGAAAAUAGAUAAUUGAUAAUAAUGCAAGUAAUAACAUUCUCAUAACUAAAAAAUAAAUAAAUUGUAAAAUACGUUUGUAAAGUUCAAUUGUAAUAUACUUCAUGAUAGUAGUUGAUGUUGUGCAUUUAUUUUAUGCUUUAAAAAAUAUAUCAUCUGGACAUUAUUAUUUCUAUAUAUUUUUUGCAACACAGGCAAAUCUUUUUCAGUAAAAUAUACUUCAUUUUCUUUGAUUCUAGGGUGAAAUAUGACCCAGACAUCAAUACAUUUAGAUCACACCAAUAGAUCAAUGUCUAUGCACAACCUGGGUUUGUAAUAUUUUAGUAUAAACCAUCUCUGCUGGCCUGAGACUUUGACAGAGGCUGCCUUCCUGUCAUUUGUACCACACUCUGAAUCGCUUUCUUUUGUAGGAUGCCAUUUUUAUAACAUUUUUGAUACUAACUAUGAACCACUCCACACAAGUUUUGUGCACUAUGGGGGAAUUGUACAGAAGUCCUCGAGCAUUCAUUCUGUCAUUGCAACUCCAGAAAAAACAAACAUUUUGCUGCCUUUUAUCUAACUGCUUGAGUGCCAAACUCUUUCAUAAUUCUGUAAUUCUCUUUAAUCUUCUUUAUAUAAUUGUUUAUGUUGUUGAUGUUUUGGACUCUGUUGAUCUUUUCAUCAUAUGAUCAAGCAUAUGAAAAAAACAUGGAUAUGUUGGCAGAAAUGUAUGUUAGAUGGUGAGUGACUAUGUUCAGAAAAAAUAAAUCCAUAUGUAUGAGAUGCAGUGCACUUACUGAAAUCUAAAGCCAUGAAACAAACUGAGUUUGUAUUAUUCUAUUGUAAAAUUCAAUACUUGUGUUCAACACUGACUCGCAUAUAUUCAGUACAGAUAUCCAAAUAUGGAGUGU